AUGCCGCCCAAACGGCGAACCUCAGCACCUAAAUCUCCGCCUGCAGAGGAGCCCACAGCGGCCCGCAACUCCGAGAGUGAGCUCUUUGUCGGGCAAGGUAACAAUGAACAUGACGAAUCUGAGGAAACUACCUCUUACGUCCUCUUCUACAACACCACCUUCUCAGCCCACCGCGUCUCACCUCUCUACCUUGGCAACGAGCCAUUGACCGAGGGCAGACUUCGGAUCUUGUCCCAACGUCUCCGAGACAGAUUGGUUGGAGAUGUUGUUCGCGGCGUGGAGGUCCGGCUUAUUUCAGAUGGUGAAGGAUCAGUAUUAGCAAGGGCUGGCUCCCUGGAGAAGGUUGAGAUGGAAUGGGUUAGUGUUGCGAGCGUGUUGGCACUGUCGAGGUCGAAUUUGGAAGCCUUGAGCAAGGGCGGGAAUGUGGAGAACUUGAGGGAGAAGAAGGCGCUUCAUAUAACGCUGCGGUACGAGCUUGCUUUUUGCACGGCGCUACUCCUUCCGUCUUUUGGACGUGGGGCAGAAAAGAGGCCGGAGGCUGAGAAGACAAAGUUCACGAUUGGCGUCAAUAGUGGAGGGGAUGAGAUGGACUGGGAGCCAACGGAUGGGCAGACACAGUUCUUGGACUUGCCGCUCAUGCUCAUGAGGAUGCCCCCUCCGCUUAAGGCGGUUGUUGCUGACUUCCUUGCUACGACGUUCGACUGCCGUGUCAGCCCAAUGCGCUUGGGGACACGAAGCCUGAUUGGAAGCUGGGAGUCAUGGAUUCAAUCAGCUGGUGUCCCUACAGAAGGACCACUCGCAAAGGAUAUGGUGCUCACCCUUGGCUUUCACGUCCCGACCCCUGAAAGCGACUCAAAGGAGGACUCGGAGGAUCAUACCCUUGGUCUGAAAACCAUCGACAUCAUUAUUCCUGGCACUGAGUUGUCAAAGUUCGUUUCAGCCGGACAGCACCUGUCAUCACAACCCCAACCCCCUCUAACCGACUGGGGAUGGGAAAGCGACCUCAAGAAGCGCCGCGAACUUGCUGGCCGGCUCUACGAAGAGGGAUGGGACUGGCGAGCCGACAAGAAGCAGCCUUUUACCGAGGCAUUGGGUGCUUACAUGAGCGAGCACCUUGCUGUGAACCUGUUCCAUCCUGGUGUUCGUGUUGUCAAGAUCGCUUGUGGAGGCUUUUCCAUGUCAGAAAGUCGGCUCAAGGUGUUCGCUCCGGUUGACUCACAGGAUGGAGAGAGCGGAGUCGCCAAGCACAAGUCUGCUGUGCUGGAGUUGCUUGGUGCUUUGGUUGAGAAGUCGCGGGUACUAAUGCUAGGAGGUUAA